UUCAUUCACAAGUCACCUUUUCUUUGGCUAAACGUUACUUUCAUACCACGAUCUCUUGAGUAUUUAUACUAAAUGGAGCUAAUGAUAAGUGGAUGCUAACAUUUACUUUAAAUACCGCAUUUACAUCGAGAAAUCCGUGGCUAUCAUGAGCGAGUUUGAACCACACGAAAACGAACUGUCUUCAGCAAGUUCGCGGUCUACGGAAAGUUUAGAGGAAAAUAUUCGUAAGAUYCUGACUGUGGUUGAGUCAAAGGGCCACGUACUAUUAGAUAAUGAUGAAAUGUCUGAGGCUGUACAACAACUAGCCGUAGAAGGGAGGCAUGUAGGGGAAUUUUUGGCUCAAAUUCACAGCCAAAAUCAUCACAGUUUACCUGACAGAAUGGCGACUACUGAACAACACACAUCAACCACGAAAAGAUCAAACAGUUGUCCUGAAGAUUUGGCCAAGAAAUGCUCUAAUACACAACAAAGUGAUGAUAAGAAUGCUAAAAGUAAGCGAAAUAGUGACAAAGGACCAAGCCGUGAAACAUGGGAGUUGGAUAGUGGAACACACGACUUGGGAAAUUAUGAACCAGCACUUCAGCAACUCAUGUCGGCAGCUAACGCUAAAGGACAAUCAAGAAGCUCUAACUUUUUAGAAUUAGCAAAUACGCUUCAUUUAGCUGCUUUAGCAUCUUUAAAGAAUGAAAUCGUAGAAGUGUCGGGAAAACUUCGGCAGGUUACCGAAGAACGUGAUGCACUAAAAAACAAUGGUUCGUUUACGAACGAAGAUCGGAAAGAACUGAUUCGGGACUACGAAGAACGACUGCUGGCCCAGUCGCAACAGAGCGAGGAACAAAUUACUGAACUACAAAGUGUAAUAGCGGAACUUGAUAAGAAACUACAAACUCAAACUGCCAAAAAAAUAGAUGAACUAGAUGAAGUUGAAUCACAAACUUCAGAACACGGUUCACGAAGUUCAAGUCUUGAAUCAAUCGAAUCCAAUGAGAACGAAGACGAUGUGGACGACGAACUAUCCAAAGUCGUUGGCGAGUUAGAGUUUGCUAUUGAACGACAAAAACCACAACCAAAAGACAAUAAAAAGGACAAAGAACCRAUWAAAGUCACGGUUAAAGUUACUGACGAUAAGAACAUUACAAYAGCCGAAGCCAGCAAAGCAUCUCUGGGAAGGCAAGAGCAACAACARGAAUGUAAUCAACUUACGGACAAAGCGCGUCAACUGAGAGAACAAUGUAUUGAACUGGAAAAAAAGAAACAAGUCUUGGAACGUCAACUGCAGCAAGCAAGUYUGCGGGAGUACGUUGCAAGGAAAAAGUCUUCSAGCUUUGGUAGUGAAGGGGGACUUCAGGAUUCRCCAUGCAAUGAAUGCGCAGGUCUACGAACAAAACUGAACAGAACAACAUUUGAACUCGAAAGUGCGCGUAAAGAAAUAGACGGGUUUAAAGACGAAAGAGACAAACUAAGGCGAAGAAUACUAGAGAUGCAGGAACAUCUCAAAGCGCUUCACCAAAAGACAAUCAGCUAUGAAACGGCGUCUCGAGGAAGAUCAUCAAGUUUUCAUGAACCUCCGGGGUCCCGAUCUCCUAUGCAACAAAGAGCUGGUAGUCGAUCAUUUCCUCGUCCAAGUAAUUACAGCAGUGCAGCAUCGGACGUGUCAAGUCGUGACGGACACUUGGCUGCAUCACCUCGCAUCAUUCGUCGGUCGAGUACUGAAAACCUGAAUGCAUCAAUGACUAGUCGAUCACCCUCRACACCAAGACGAGCUGUCACGUUGCCAGGCAACUACGGUAGACGAUCUAGUGGUGGAAGUACAGGACCCCUGUGGAAUCCAGAAAGCCCCACCAUGACCCCCAGGGGAAGUGUACAAUCUAUAGCAUCAACGAAUCAAAUGGUAUGGAAGGGAGCUGGCACUAGUGAUCUUGGCUCGUCCCAUGGAUCUACACAAGAAAUAACCGUGAUGGCUAGACCAGUAGAUGAAGCGAUGGAGUCUAGAAUGAGCGGAGAGCAGUGCAUCAGAUCACUGAGUCAACUUCCCGAGUUCGCCAGUGGUCGUCUUCCAAACGAACUACUCCGUUCAUUACGUGGCUGCAGGAACUUACAGGACGUCUAYAAGGUUCUCUUUGGUUACUGUGACGACCAAGCUGACAAGAAACUCAAGGAAUAUGAACUAGAAAUAGAAAGGCUAAAGUGUACAGUAGAUCAUCUUCAGUCGCAAAUCAAUGUCAUUUCAUUGUCACUUGAAGAGAGUAGAGAAAAUGCCGAGAAGAUGUGUGUAUUGAUGGGCAAAUAUGAAUCCAACAACACAGUAUCGCAGUUAUCAUUAUCAUUUUGUGAUAAAGUCAUCGAGGCUUAUGAAGUCUUGCUUCAACUUUCAGAAUCCGAACAAUCGUGUUUGUAUGCGAACUGCAAAGCCGCGGGUAUUAAAAGUGAUUUUUUCAUCUCCUUAAACUCGUCAUACCGGUUUACUGACGACACUGUUGCUAAGGAACAACAGUUAAAUGACGUUGAGGCGUGCCUAGAGCGCAGGCGCACGGCUGAAAGUGAGGCCAGGUCUCUUUUACAAAAACUUGAUCGUGAUACUGAUGGACACGCUGUCAAGGAUCAGCCAUGGGAAUCAGUGUCRUCAAGAAGUCGUACAAGCUCUGGUUCAUCAAACGAAAAUGUAGAAUUCACACGCGAAGAAGAAUCACGGCUUAAGAGCUAUAUUCAACAAUUGAAGUCUGAGAGAUCAACGGUGGGCUCGACGGUACUGGAACUAGAAGGUAUCCAUGAUAUACCCGAACCACCAGUAGAACCACCAGACCCUAAACUAGACCUUGAAAAUGCUGUUCUCAUGCAGGAACUUAUGGCACUUAAAGAGGAAAAGGCUGAACUUAAAGCAAGAAACUAUUUAAUUGAAAAAGAGAAAAARGCACUUGAACUGAAAAUUAACUCGAGAGAUGCGCAAGAACAAGCCUACCUCGUACAAAUUGAACAACUCAAGUCUGAAAUUAAAGAAGAAUACAGAAAGAGAAGAAGACUGGAGCGCGAAAAGGAAUCUGGGAACAAGGAUGGUAAUGUGUCUGGUAAUUUAUCUAGUUCUGGKUCUGGGUCUGGAAAUCUCUCAGAUAUUCGUAUCAGCGAUGAUGACUUGCCUACUGACCUUCAGGAGGCUGCAAUACGCGAGAAAAAACUACGUAUUCGUAUUAAGGAGUUGAUGGAAGCGUUGGAAAGUUUGUCGAAAAACUCUGAGACUAGACACACACAAACCGCGGAAUACGUGAGUGACUUGAAACGAGCAAAUGGUGCAUUAGUAGCGGCCUACGAGAAGGCGAAGAAAAAACACGCUGCCAGACUACGAAAAUUAGAACAACAGAUGAUUAGUGUGGUUGAACGACAUGAUGCACAGGUCAAAACAUUGAAGGAAAAGAUCUCUUUUCUUGAAGAAAAAGACGUAGUUGGAAGGCAGAAUGAAACCGCGCUGUAGGUUGAAUUGCAUGCGUUUUAUUGUUACGGAAACGUUAGAAGAUUCUACUGGUCGUUGUUGUAACGUCCCGGUUGUUGCACGAAAAGUAAAGGUUUUUAUUGGUAAAGGCGUUUCAUUGGUUACAGAAGACGUCGAUACGUGCGGUUGAUCACGAAACGCCAAAGCGUGCCGUUUGUUACGCAAAACGUUGAGACUUUUCAUCAGCAAAGUUUGCUUUUCACCGAUCAACGAGCCUUGACGUUCAGUUGAUUGCGGWAGCACUACGUUGAUUCUAAGGAAAACAGCACAACAAGAAGGGCUGUUGUUUACACACGAACAUUUGUUUCGGCUAAGAUAAYCGUGUUAUUUAUAUUACAAGGGCUUGUUGUACGAAGGGUUAAUAGCGCUGUCCACGGUAUAAAUCCUUGUCUAGCCGAUAAAAUCUAUGGAGUGGAACUUUAUCCACGAUUCGUAGAACUGGCCCCAAGGGUUUAUUUUCCCAUGGGGGUUAGGGUAAGUCGGUUUUGCUUACAAGGGGCGUGUGACAAGCCUCACAAAUGGGGUGGGUUUAUUUUUGGUUKAACGAGGCUAAAUAAGAAGACAUCAGAUUUUCUCUGCAAAAUCUUUGACAGAUUUGCAUGCAUAUAGUUUAUUUUUUACGUAAAAAUGCUAAUAAUAAUUAUGGAUUUAUCAAGAAGAAAAUAGGAAAUGCAAAAAUAAAAUUAAUGUUAUUAUGAA